UUGCACAUUGAACUGUUAAGUUUUGUUUUUCUUUUGAUUGUUGCUGUUAAUUAAAAAUGUUUUGCAGGAAAACAAGUACAGUAUGGCACCAGAGAUUACUGUCAACGUCAGUGCUGCUGACCACAUACCCCUGUGUUAUGAAUUAGAUAAGAGGUUUUACAUAUUGAUAAACAGUACUUCAACCGUAUGUGUUUUCUUAUAUGUUUUCCUUGGCUGUUUAUCAGUUGUUAUUGUAUGUGGAAAUCUUUUCAUUAUAAUCUCUAUUAUUUACUUCAAGCAGCUCCACACUCCUACAAACUCUCUCAUCCUCUCGCUGGCUGUGGCUGACCUGCUGGUUGGGCUGCUAGUGUUUCCCUUCAACACCAGAUUUACUGUGAGCUUCUGUCUUGAUCGUGGGCAUUUAUAUUGCAAACUACGAAACACUUUUGAUGUAACACUGAGCACAGCUUCCAUUUUGAAUUUAUGUUGUAUUUCUAUUGAUAGAUACUACGCAGUGUGUCAACCUCUCACCUACAGAGCUAAGAUGAAUUUUCAUGUUGUUGGUACUAUGAUUCUGAUGACCUGGACUGUUUCCGUUCUAGUUUCUGUUGGCUUUUUAGUUUCAGAAUUUAAUUAUGAAAAGUGUGAAAAGUCCUGUCUUAUUGAUAUUUUACUUGCAAAUAUUUUGGGACCUAUUUUAGCAUUUUAUGUCCCAGUGGUCAUAAUGUUAUGUAUAUACCUAAAGAUUUUCCUUGUUGCACAGAGGCAGGCACGUAGUAUACAGAACAAGAGCUGUCAAAUGAGAACAUUUGCAUCCACUGUGAGUAAGCUGGAAAGAAAGGCCACUAAAACUCUCGCUACUGUUUUGGGAGUUUUUCUGAUGUGUUGGACUCCUUUCUUUCUGUGCUUUAGCUUCCAGCUUUUACACGGCGUCUCGGUGCCAGAUUCAGUGUUUGAAACGCUCAAUUGGUUUGCAUUGUCAAACUCAAUGCUUAAUGCUUUUAUUUACGCUUUCUUCUACAGCUGGUUCCGAGCAGCUUUCAAAAUCAUUGUUUCUGGAAAAAUAUUUCAAGGUGAUUUUGGUAACACAAAACUGACUUAGCAUAUUGUUAGAAAUCCAAAAUAACAAAGUUAUGACAAACCUACAAAAUUAUCAACAGUGAGAAUUAAGCAAUUUAUUCAUGCUGUAUGUAUCCAUGUAUUUUAUCAACACAGAGCCUUUUUCCCUUUAUUCUUUCUUAAAGGAUCAAUAUUUUUGAUGCUAAUGUUAGAAGUAGUUGGAUACAAAAAAUUACUUUGAAUUUUUUUACAAUUUUUUUUGUUUGUUUAUGCUUUGCAGUUACUGUUACUAAUGAACAGAUAAGGUUUAUCAUAUUUAGUUUAAUGUGCUUUUAUGCAGGUCUGAGCUUAUAAAUCUAUAUAAUAACUCUAACGGGAGUGUAUUUGAUUGAUCUUGUAUUUGUGCAACCUAAGUAAAAGAUAGGUUCAAAUA